GCGCUGGUCAUCCCAUCAGCUCGCCAACUCGCUUGGUGGGGGGGCCUCCUCACUCACACCAAAAUACGCGCUCACCUUUAUACAACUGGAGCGUGUGAACCGACUCGGCUGUGGACAGUUAACUAAUGUAUUUUCUCUGAUUGUUUGUCAUGGAAUUGAACAAUUAAAGAUAUUUUUUACUGUUCAUCAUCAUAUUAUAAUCGUAAUGUUUUAGAAAAUGAAUCCUUUUAUUCGCAUUCUGGAUGGCUUAUGAGAAAGAAGAAACCUGCCUAUGGAAAAACAGGUAUCUCACAUUCAUGCAAUAAUAAAAAAGUGUUGCAAUGACGUCACAACAGGCUAGACUCUCUUGAAACAUGUGGAAUCAUUAACUCCUGAAAGUUCGUCUGUGACAUAUGUUUACGAUAUUUUAAAGCCUUUUUAGGUCUUUGUAUAUUUGAAGGAGACUGCAAUAACCAAGUUGAAUAAUCAAUCGUCUUUCAAAAAACUGUUGUGACUUGAGAUACACUAAAAGACAACCAUAAAUACUAAUAAUAUGCCGUGAACCGUGUUAUUUAAAUGAGAUCAACUAAAACAUGGUGUAACGGGAAACUGUAUAAAUAUUAUUAACAUAUUAUUAUAGCUGUAUUCCCAGUAAAUGAUCAACUCUUUUAACAUUUGGACGUUGGAUUUGUGCUCAAAUUCAGGAGUAUCUUAACCAUGAUUGAGGAUUCAUAAUCGUUACAAGAUUCAGCCCCAUGGACGGAACAGACAGCGAUGGGAGCAUACUGCAACGCGCAAAUCAGGCUUUUCUGGCUUCAAGUUCUGGGCCUUUGCAACUGCCAAUACCCUACAAUUUCUCCGCUCAGAACUCAUCAGUCCACAGAAAACGUCAUGACGUCUAUUCUCCAAGGUCUGCUCAUCACGAUUUCAUUUUAGCUUCCGACAAUAUCUCGUCACUUCUCCUCAACACGACGGCUCCAAACAUGAUCUCCAACAACUCAUCCUUCGAGUUCCAGUUCCUAAACACGACACACCCUUCUAAUGUGACGUUUGAAAACGCGCCAACCUUCACAACCACGAGUCUAAUAAAGACGAUCGUUUUCGGAAUUAUGUUCGGCAUUUCGUUCGUUGGCAAUAUGGCGACUAUAGUGCAGAUGAGACGUCUGCGACGCCGGAAAAGCACCAUCAACACGCUCAUCGUCAACCUGGCAUUGGCCGAUCUGCUCGUGACGUUCUUCUGUAUCGCCGGUGAGGCUGCCUGGACCGUCACGGUACAAUGGUUGGCGGGAAACGUCAUGUGCAAGUUCGUCAAGUACAUGCAGGUGUUCGCCCUCUACUUGUCAACGUACAUCACUGUGGCCAUCAGUCUUGACCGCUGUGUCGCAAUUCUUGAUCCCAUGAGAAGAAAUGGCGCGGCCCAGCGAGUUCGGACCAUGAUCGUCUUUGCGUGGAUAUUCAGUGCCUUGUUCAGUAUACCCCAGCCCAUCGUGUUCAAUGUCCUGCGGGGGCCUUUCAAAGAAGUGUUUUACCAGUGUGUCACCUUCGGCUCGUACGACAGUGCCUGGCAACUGCAGAUGUACGCCAUCGCCUCCCUCAUGCUCAUGUUUGUGCUGCCUCUGGCCGUCAUGGGCACAGCCUACGGGCUCAUCUUCACCACUAUCUCCAGAAAGUCCAAGGAGCAUUCGGUGAUGGACAGUAUUCAGAUGCCGGCGAGGAAGACCUGGGUCACGCGAUGGGUCAACUACAAACGCUACCUCUGUAUGGCCUUCUGUAGCAAGCCCAUCUCCAGACGGUCCUCCAUCAUGUCCAACUACUCGGAGGACCACGCCGCCAGGGGGCCGGUGCGGAGUUACCUCCUCCGUAAAGCCAAGCGGAAGUCGCUGAUCAUGUCUUUCGUCAUCGUUUUGGCCUUCAUGGUGUGUUGGACGCCCUACUACAUCAUCUUCAUCUGCAUCACCUUCCUGGACAAGGUCAUUGACCCGGUCAUCUUCAACUACUUCAGCUUCAUCGGACUGUCCAACUCCAUGCUGAACCCGAUGAUUUACGGAGCUUUCCAGCUUUGCAAGGUGCAAUUUUAUAAUCCAAGUUCUUGGAGAAGAAACGUAUGGCGAGGAACGUCGCCAAAGCUGCAGAGCUCCAACCCAAACCGCCGCUCCGAUUUUCCGCCAGGCACACCUGCUAGCAGCUCCAUCUCCCGGGACUCCAGGAACCGGCUGCUGGGUCAAGGUCAAGGAUGCCACUGCCAGACCUGUCACUACGAGGCCAAAGAACAGAAGGUGUGUAUCCCAGCGCUAGACAGGAAGGCACAGGCGAGCAAGACGUCGACAAAGUCUUCGGAGCGUUGUGGGAAGUUCACUCACAAGCAUUUCACCAACGGAGAAGUGAAGCAUUGCCUGUGUUUUCAUUCAUAUUGAGUUUGUUGGACGACAUUGUUCAAUAUUCUGAUCUCUGAGUUACCACGCGUUUUGCUACCUCGCUACCCUGGACUUACAAAGUUCUAACUACUCAGUACUAAGCUCUGAGGUACAUUUUGAGUUUCACAACAUGUCAAGCUUUUUCAAAAGCAAUUCUUUGAAUAUUUUGAUAACGACUCCGAAUAAUCUUAUGAUUUCAAUUAAGUAUAUUCAUGAUUUAAUUGCUCACCUCAUGGUCUUAGUAACUAAAAACGGCCUAAAAUGGCAUAUAAAGCUUUGCAAUUCUAAGGUAGCGAUGUGCUGGAACUAUUCUUUUUAACCUGUGCUCAAAUUGGGGACUACACACACUCACCUUUGUUACACAUACUGCCCGUAUCACGCUUGGGCUCAUAUCGUUGUAAAAUAAAAUAUUAAAGCUGUAUUUGCUAUUUACAUGUAUGAUAUUAUAAAUAUGUGGCCUGAAAGUGAUUUGUUAUGAGGUCAAAUCGGUCAUGUAUAGGGUAUUGUGUUAUCUAUCAUAAUAUAUGAUCUCAGAAAAAGAAGAAGGAUGAAGAAGUUCUUGAAAAUAUUUGAGAUUCGGGAACACAAUAAAAAGACGUUUGACAUAGGUUUCCAGCCACCAGUGCGUGGUAACAAAAGCCACAAUGUUUAUUCUGUUUAGUCAUUUCAACUAAAGAUCGUACAUAACAAGAUAGUUCACUCCUCUCUUUGAGCCUAUUAAAAAGUGUCCUCAAAAUCCGG